AUGAAGGAGGCUGAAGUGGGAUGCGGAGCCUCUGCAGGGCGGAGGUCUUCCAUCAGGAAUCCUGCAUCCCUGCCUGGCACCCCGCGGCAGAGACUUUGUCUCCAGAUAUUCAGCCAUCCAGACAGACCUGGUCCCUGCAUCACCGUGACCUGGACAGAAAGGGUGCUUUGCAUCUUUCUCCUGUUGUCGUGCAGCUUCACCCUGGCACUGCCCAUCUGCAACGAGGAGGAGUUCCCAGUGGGCACCGAGUGCUGCCCCAAGUGCAGCCCAGAUUACCGGGUGAAGCAAGCAUGCGAUGAGUACACAGGCACCGUGUGUGUGCCCUGUGACCAGGGGACCUACACUGCCCACCUCAAUGGCCUGACAGAGUGUCUGCCCUGCCAAGUCUGUGACCCAGCCUUGCACCUGGAGACCCAGAGGAAGUGCUCCACCAUCGAGGACGCUGAGUGUGGCUGCCCCCAAGGCCACUUCCGCGUGCCCGAGGGCACAGACCCCUGUGCCAUGUGUCUGCCCCACACAAGCUGCAACCUGGGCCAGCGAGUCCUGAGGAACGGCACUAACAGGACGGACACAAUAUUCCAGGACUGCCCACCUGGAACCUUCUCUUUUCUGGGAACCCUGGACGAGUGUCAGCCCUGGACGAAGUGCAGUGGCCCGCUUGUGACGGGGAAGAGACCGGGAACAAACACCACUUAUGUCCAGUGCUCCUUGUGGCCGCGGUAUUUGGUGGUCAGCAUCAUUCCCAUCAUCAUCAUUCUUGUUCCUUCUCUAACACUUUCCCUUUUUUUGUGGAAGAAGAAACGGAAGACGUUCCCUGACUGUGCGGUGUCAGGCCGCAGCCUGUGGCAGGAGCAGGCGUGCGUGUUGUCCACGCCGUGGCGCUUCGGCCGCAUGGUGUGCCGCUGGAUCGCAAAGGAUUUCAGCAGUCUCAAGGGGCUCCUGGACCUGCAUGGCGUGAGGCUGGUGGGCGUGGGCACAGAGCCCCUGUGGCCCCAGGAGUUCCUGAAGGCAGCUACUUUGUGA